AUGUAGUGUUGUGGUUGUGGUUUUGGUUAGUUGUGUGCGAUAACAUCCUCCGGCACCGGUUACAUAUUUGUCUUAUUUUACGGUGCUGCUCUAUCUGUUAAAAACAAGCUUGUAAUAUUCAGCCUUUGAAAUAUGGCUGGUGAAGUUAUAGUUGAUGCUUUGCCAUACAUUGAUCAGGGAUAUGACGAAGCUGGUGUACGGGAGGCUGCUCUGGCAAUGGUUGAGGAGGAAACACGUCGUUACCGACCAACUAAAAACUAUUUGGAACACCUGCCUCCCCUUAAUACUUCUCUCUUUGAGACAGAGAUGAUGAAAAGUGAGUGGGAGCGAAUGCAGCAGAGGCAACCAAUGGAUGUUCUCAGUAUGAAACGUUACGAGCUACCUCCACCACCUGCAGGAAAAAUGACCGAUAUUGCCGCUUGGACAGAAUGUGUUGAAAACUCUCAAGCUCAGCUGGAACAUCAGGCAACUAGGAUUUGCAAUCUUGAACUCAUGCUAGAAUAUGGGUGUGAAGCAUGGAAAAGCUAUCUUGAGUUAGUUGUGGCAUCUGUUUCUCAAGCUCAAAAAAAUCUUCAGGCAUUGAGAAAGGACAUUCAGGAAAUAAAUUGGGAAAGAAAAAACGCUCAGAUGAAGGGUGGCGAGAAAUUAAGAGAACUGGAGGCAACAUGGGUAGGUCUUGUAAGUAAGAACUAUGAUAUUGAACAAGCAUGUGUUACUGUAGAAGAAGAAAUUAUGAGAGUCCAGAAAGUAAAACAAAAUGCCUUAAAGAGGCGUAGAAUUGAGGAGGAAAGAGUGAAUGCCAAAAGGAGAAAAUUAGAACAGCGAGAACAAGAACGUCGAGAGAUGCUGGAAAAACAACAUGAAGAACAAAUGCGUCAAGAACAGUUGGAGCAGGAGGCACAGGAAUUGGCAAGAAAAGAUGAAGAAGCUGCAGCAGCAACAGCAGAAGCAGAAGCAGCAGUAGCAGCAGCAACAGGAACAUCAUCAGAAGAAGCAGCGGAGGGAGCAGCGGAAGAAAAUGAAGAAAAACACAGUGGUGAACAGUACGAACACCCAUCUGCCUGUGAGGAGCAGAAUGGUGUCCACACUGAGAUUAGUGAUAAUCAAGGCAGCCCAAAUUCUCAAGAGCGAUCUGACUCUAAUCAAAGUGAGGGUAGUGGGGGUGCUGAGGAAAAUAUUCAAAGAGAGGAUGAGAAUUCACUCUAAAUUAGUCCUUUUUUUGUUACUGCUGAUUUUCUACUGCAAUUAAGCAACCUCAGACACGUUUUAAGCAGUAAAAAUUCUGGUUUCAUUUGUAAAUAAUUUCGUUUCAGUGAACAUGUAUAAAUGAAUGGCAGGUGGGUGCUGCAGUUGUAUGUAAAGGCCAAUCAAAAGUGUAUUUGCAUACUAACAA